AUGCCACUGAAGAAACGAGUUUCUAAAGCCUGUGAUACAUGCCGCAAAUCCAAGACAAAAUGUGACGGCGAAAGGCCGUGUCAAAGAUGUUUGUCUGAAAACAAAAUUUGUACAUACUCUGAUUGGUCAAUUGGUUAUUCGGAGGGUAAACUGAAGCGUUUAUAUAACCAGGAAUAUGUGGACUUGCUCGAGACUAGAGUUUCUCUCCUGACAAAAUCGUUAAGUCUGCUCUUCUUGGAAUUUGAUCGAUGCCUCGAGGCGGGCCUCGUCAAAAUCGACCCAUCGCAUAUUGAUAAAUUCAAACAACUACAGUAUGAGUCAUUAAUGCUAAGGCAAGGCAUUUCACCUAUGCCCACGAAUGAAGAUGACGAAGAUUCUAUGAGUUCGGGACUCAUGGAAAACAUGGGAAACUCGGCAGAGGUUUGGACGCGCCUAUAUCAGAACAGACGCAUGUUCAUAAAUCCAACUACCAAAAAGCUAAAUAUCAACCAGGUGGUUUAUUCGAUCAUACCUACAAGUGUGGAUAUGGCCACCAAGUCAGUUAACUUUACUGCUUGCACUGAGGAUAACAUGGAAAAAUUAAAAAUGAUUGUUGGAAAGAAUAAAAUGACACCGGAAGAUAUUCCGCCGGAUAUUGCCGAAAAAUACCUGAGUGAAGGUUAUGUAAAUAAAGACAAUCUUAUGACUCUCAACUGCUCACACGAUGGUAUUCCCGCAAACGUAAUACCCGACUCAAGUCAACGGAAACGAAGGAAAUCGAAAGAGGAACAUGAGCCUCCCAUGAUUUUCGAAACACAAACGACUAGCACAAAUAACAGGCUACCACCCGAAGCAUCAUGGUAUGAUAAUUUCUCAAAUGACGCCCAGUCGUUUUCCAGUGGCUCGUCUCAGGCAGCGUUCUACUCGGAAUUUGCAUCCCCAUCGACAGACAAUACUAGUAACAUGGGGCAAUAUCAAUCAGAUUCGAUUAAUAAUGUACAUGUUGGUAUCAAACCAAUUGCGAAGUCCGGAAACUCCUGA